AUGAAUAAAUUAAUAUCCGAUCAAAAUUUAAGGUUAGAUGGAAGAAGAGCAAGUGAAUUAAGGCAAAUUCGUUGUAAACUAGGCGUUUUUAGUCAGCCCGAUGGUAGUGCCUACAUUGAAAUGGGAAAUACAAAAGUAUUAGCUGCAGUUUAUGGACCACAUCAGGUUCGAGGACGUACAAAACCUCUUUUGGAUGCUGCAGUGAUUAACUGUCAAUAUUCGAGUGCCGUUUUUAGUACAGAAGAACGGAAAAAAAGGCCUAGAGGAGAUAAAAAAAGUCAAGAAAAAUCUAUGCAUUUAUGUCAGGCAUUAAGUGCUGCAAUUAAAACUGAACUCUAUCCAAAAAGUCAAAUAGAUAUUUUUGUAGAGGUUUUGCAAAGCGAUGGUGGAAGUUUUAGUGCAGCUGUUAAUGUAUCAACUCUUGCAUUAAUUGAUGCUGGAAUACCAUUAAAAGAAUAUGUCACAUCUUGUACAGCUAGUUUGGCUAAUGAAAAUAUUCCAUUAGUUGAUGUCACAUAUUUAGAAGAAUCAUGUGGUGGACCUACUCUUACAAUAGCAACAUUACCAUUAGCAAAAAAGAUUGCUUUAAUGGAAAUGUCACAGAGAUUUCACUUGGAUCAUUUAGAGAAAGUUUUAAAUACUGCUAUGGAGGGCUGUAAAAAUAUUCAAGUGAUUUUAAAUGAAGCAGUUAAAAGACACAUUUUGCAAAAUGGAUCCUCCAAUAAAAGUUCUGAUAUAACAUUUUCUAAAGUUGAAUUGUAA